AGAAACAUCAUCGCGACACUUAGCGUUCUCGGCCUUUUCUGAUCGAACUACUUCCUAUACGAACCGCAGUACUCAUACACAUACCAAAUACCAAGCACUUACGCACGCAUUCCCUUCCACACUUCGGACAAAAAAAAGCAUCGAACGAACGAACGAACACAAUGGCCCCGAGCACCACGAACACCGUUGGCGGCGAUGACAUCCUCACCAGCUCGUACGAGCACGGCACAUCGAUGCUCCCGCUCGGCGUCCUGACCAAACCUUUGAAGACCUACCUCUUCGGCAACCCGAUCUCGCACUCGAUGGCGCCGCUUCUGCACAACACACUCUUCGAGGAGCACGGGGUGCCAUGGAACUACAGUCUCUUCGAGUCACUCGACGACGCGGCAUUCCUGCAGCUCCUCAAAGCCGACAACUGCAUCGGCAGCGCAGUGACGAUGCCGCACAAGAUCAACUUCAUGAGCCACGUCGACCACCUGACGGAAGAGGGGCGAAUCAUCGGCUCGAUCAACACGGUGUUCAUCCGGCUGGACGCGGCGGGGAACAAGCGGUACAUCGGCACGAACACGGACUGCAUCGGCGUGCGCGAGGCGUUCCUGCAAAACAUUCCGGGGGUCCUCGAGAUGAGCCGCGGGAAGCCCGCGCUCGUCAUUGGUGGCGGCGGCGCCUGCAGAUCCUCUGUCUAUGCCGUCUGGAAGUGGCUCGGCGCGUCAAAGGUCUACCUCAUCAACCGCGUGCGCUCGGAGGUCGACGAGGUCAUUGCCGCGUUCAAGGCCGCGGGGUUCAUGGGCGAGCUGCUGUGGAUCGGCAGUGUGGAGGAGGCGAAGGCGCUCGAGACCCCCGGGUGCAUCGUCGGGACUAUUCCCGACUACCCGCCAAAGGCUGAGGGAGAGCUGGUGUGCCGCGCUAUCGCGGAGGAGUUCUUGGGUAGGCCCGAAAAGGGCGCGAUGCUCGAGAUGUGCUACCACCCCAAGCCAGUCACGGCGCUGUACAGGCUAGCGGAGGAGGCAGGGUGGAAGUUGGUUGGUGGUACCGAGGCGAUGGUGCACCAGGGCAUUGCGCAGCAGAUCCUGUGGAAGGAGAGCCCGCUCGAGGACUUCAGGCUGGAGAGGGCACAGAAGGUCGUGCAGGCGGAGUUGGAGACUAGGUGGACACACUAGAGGAGGGUGGACGGGCGUUAUGCGAUGGUUUCUUUGUUUAUAUGUAUCAUUUCAGGGCUGUCUUCUAUAAAUAUUGAACUGCUGGUUACUCAAACGUCUUGUCCGACCGCAUAAACUUGGGCGACAUGAGGCUGUAGUUAUUUGAUCGUAGCUGUGAAACGCGACUCCUGUC